AUGAUAUAUGAGUUGUUAUUAAGGCAGAAAGCUGGUCCUUCUGUCAGAUACUUCAGUCACAAGUAUUGUGAUUUCGUCUUGAAGUUUUUUCUAACCUGGAUUUUUGUUUCAGAUAACUGUUGGACAAGGAACCAGCAAGCGGCUGCAUCCAGCAUCAGAGAGAAGAUCUGCAAUCGUGGGCAGGAUGGGAAUGAACUGCAGACCACGCCAGAAUUUCGAGCACAUGUUGCAAAGAAACUGGACACAAUCUUGGACAACUUGAUAACCACCUCGACGUGGCCGUUACGACCCACACAACAUGAGAACAGAGCCUCCCUGGAGGAAGACGAUGGCUUUCGCCUCUUUUCCUCUUCUGUGCCAGGAGCCGGUGGGGAGCCCGAAUCUGCCCCUUGGAAAAGGCCGGCACUGCGGCACUCCAGCUCCAGUGACCUGGAAAGUGACCCAGAAUGGCAGAGAUGCCAAGAAGCUGCAGUGACGGCAGCAGACAUUCUGAAGCAAAGUGGCCUGCCACCACCAGCGGUCCAGGACUCCGACCAGGGCCAGAGUCGCCGGGCAACAGAGGCUAGGUGGAAAAACAUCAAGAAGAAGAAGAAGAAGAAAGGGGAAAGAGAGGAGGGUGGCCAGCAAGAGGCCAUCGAAGCAGGAGGUAACAGCCAGACCAUCCUUGGGUCUGAGGGCCCCUCAUGUCCCAGCAGGGCCCAUGAGAGCACAGAGACUGUCAGUUGGACAGACACGGUGCAGAGGAAGAAGAAGAAGAAGAAAUGGAGGAAAACAGAAGCAGGAACAGAAUGAAGAUCCCUCCCAUACUUAUUUGCCAGUGAGA